GGAGGUUGCGUCAUUUCCGUCCAGGCCGGAACUCAAGAUGGCUGCGCUCUUGCUGAGACACGUUGGCCGUCAUUGCCUCCGAGCCCACCUUAAUUCUCAGCUUUGUCUCAGAAAUGCUGUCCCUUUGGGAACCACAGCCAAGGAAGAGAUGGAACGGUUCUGGAAUAAGAACACGGGUUCAAACCGGCCUGUUUCUCCCCACAUCUCCAUCUACAGUUGGUCUCUUCCCAUGGCAAUGUCCAUUUGCCACCGAGGCACUGGUGUGGCCUUAAGUGGAGGGGUCUCUCUCUUUGGCCUAUCGGCACUGCUGCUUCCUGGGAACUUUGAAUCUUAUUUGAUGUUUGUGAAGUCCCUGUGUUUGGGGCCAGCACUGAUCCACUCAGCUAAGUUUGUGCUUGUCUUCCCUCUCAUGUACCACACAUGGAAUGGGAUCCGACACUUGAUGUGGGACCUAGGGAAAGGCCUGUCGAUCCCCCAGGUCCAGCAGUCUGGAGUGGCUGUCUUGGUUCUUACAGUGCUGUCCUCUGUAGGGCUGGCAGCCUUGUGAAGAGCUGAAAUUCCCAUCGUUGUCCUGUACACUAUCACGCUGAAUUAUAUUCCCAUCUAUCACUCGUAUCCCAGCCACCAAGGUUCCCCUCAUUUGUUUAGAUUCCAUGUGUUUUAGAGCCCGUUAGAGCACAGUAGAGAGGCUUGAAGAACUGUAGUAGUAGAAAAAGGUCAUUUUCCCUGGGCCUGGAGCCCUUACUCCCUCUCCACAUUUGACUUUGAUUCAUGCUGAGGGUCAGCUUUCGACUCCUUCUUGCUGAGGCAGUGGAAACAAAGCCAGUCCUGUGGCUGCCCUGGGUGCCACUGCCUGAGGGCUGCUGUCUUAAAGGAUAGUUCUGUUCAUUGGUCAGCUCAGGGCCUUCAGCACCCACACAGUGUGACUGGGAGAAGAGAGGUGAAGGUGGAGGGGAUGGCUCUGCCCAGCUGGAGGGAGGUAAAGAGCGAGAUGGAUCCUGGGAGCUCACCCUUGGGAAAGAUACAGAGCUUUUGAUGAUUAAGAUCCAAAAAAAAUGUGUUUUCUGUUCUGUUUUUUCACUUCUAGUGAAACACACACAUAUUUUCUAAUCUAAAUUCUUGUACCAUCAUCUUUGGAAACGAUUAAAAUACUACUCAUUUCA